UGAGUUGUUCUGUUUUCCGCAGAGAAAGCAACCAUGUCGAAGCCGAGUGCACCUCCGUUCAGUGAGCCCCCUCCAUAUGCUCCGCCCAGCUACUCUCAAGCAGUUGGCGGAGUUCCACCACAGGCACCCUUCACACCCAUGCAAGCUGGUGCCGUCCCCAUGGCUCCUUUGUAUGUGCCCCCACAAAGGGUAGAAGUUCAGGGGGUUCAGUACGGUGCACAAGUUACGUCCACUGCGUAUCCUCCCUUUGGAAAUGCUGCCCCAACUGCUAUUGUGACAACAGUGGUUCCUCUGGGAUCGCAGUCAACGCACAUGAUCUGUCCACAUUGCCAUUCCGAGAUAGACACUGCCACCAAAACCUCUCCGUCCGUGGUAGCAUGGUUGUCUGGGUGCAUUAUUUGCAUCCUAGGGUGCUGGCUUGGUUGCUGCCUUAUUCCCUGCUGUAUUAACGAGUGCAUGAAUGUCGAGCAUAAUUGCCCCAACUGCCAAGCUUUCCUGGGCAAAUACAAAAGAGGAUAGAAACCAGCAUUUUAACCUUCCACACAUCUCACUGUUAAUGGUGGUUAUUAUGUGACAGUCAGUAGCAGACAGAGCAGAUAUAUAUAGAGAUAUAUAUAUGUAUAGUAUAUUUUUUUUCUCAUUCUGCAUAUUUUAUAUUUUCAGUUUGAAAUGAAAAGUUAGAAGGAUUAUGAUGUUUUACACACAUUCAUGCAUUGGUAUCAUUGAUAGUUUUUUGGUUAUUCUGCAAUGUGCAAUAGCCUUGCAAUAGUAAGAUAUUAGAAAAUGUGUGAUGUGAAUGGCUUCACUUUAUGAAUAAGGAUUGCCAUGAUGAAUUUUCUAAUGUAUGUAUCCAGAAACAAAAAUUUGUACUGCAACAUCAUAUUAGAUGUAGAUUACUUAUUUUAAUAGGGAGAUAGUAACUAAAAUCUACAGCAGUAGCCUGCUGGUAGUAAUGAUUUUCAUGGAGAAUUAACAGUGAAGUUCAACUGUUUUCUAAAUCUUAUUUCAUUAUUACAUGUUGGAUGUAAAAAGAAGUUACAAAUUAGGGUCCCAAACAAGUAUUGAUAGUUUAUAGACAUUUCACUUUCUUUAGACACAAAUUUUAUAAAGUAUCAGAUCUCUUUUAAUACAUGGAAUGAAGAAGGAAGAAAUAUUUUAGAUUAGGUAAUCAUGUUGGUAUUACUUAUUCUUCCAUGCUUGUAUAUGAAGUGCCUUGCAGAUGAGUUGAUUUUGAAUGGAUAUGCUCAUCAGAAUAGGAAAGGAAAGUUUACCCUUAUUUUGCCUUUGCUAUUACUUACUGUCACAUAUAUUAAAGAAUAUUGUGCAAAGAGGAGUUUCGAAUCUAUUUGUGAAAUAGGAAGUAGUUGCCAAAGUUUUGUUGCUCUCAAGACAUGAUUUCGUUGGUAACGUAAUUCUGA